AUGGAGGACGAGGCGCUGCAGCGGAGGCUCCCGACCUUCCGGGAGGGCGACUUCUCUUCUUCGGGGGCGCGCUCCCCCGCUACAACGGCGGCGGCAUCUUCGUCAUCUUCUUCGUCUUCGUCUUCGUCUUCCAUCCUCCAAUCGCUCCCUCUCCACGUGGUAGGCUUCUGCUCGUGAGCUUCUUUCAUUUUUUCGGCGAUUCCUUUUUCAUGAUGCAGCGUUGCUGAUUUUUUCUUUGUCCUCGUGCUAUGAAAUUCAAUCGUUUGGAAUGUCCGGUGGAAAUGGACUCCGGAUAGUCGUUCGAUCAUGGAUAUUAUCUUCUCGUGAAAGCCAUCCAGGAGCUUCGGGAGAAGAAGAAGGGCCUGGUAGUCACCGUCGGCAUCGGGGGACCGAGUGGGUCCGGCAAAACCAGGUAAACCGCCUUGAAUGUUGUGUGUGAUCCGUGAAACAUUCGUUUCAUUUAUGUUGGAAUGUCCGUUAAACUCUGUCUUACUUCUACUCGUCUUGGACGAAAGCUUGGCAGAGAAGGUCGCCUCCGUCCUUGGCUGUGUCAUCAUUUCCAUGGACAACUAUCGCAUUGGUGUGGACGAUGGGAAUGACUUGGAUUCUAUAGAUUUUGACGCCUUAGUCAAAAACCUGCAGGUUCAGUAACAUUAAAUGAUUUUUAUUACAAUGCUGAGGUUAUUGGGAAGAGACGUGUGGGGUAGCUCUUGUUUACCAUGACUCACUUUUUCCAAUCUACAUCUGCUGUCGGAAGAGUAGGAUUUGGUGAAUGGUAGGGACACACUUACCCCAGUCUUUGAUUUCCGAGAAAAGAGGCGUGUUGGCUCGUACCCAGUGAAGAUACCACCAUCUAGAGUGGUAUGCUUUUUAAAUCCAGUUCCAGUCCCUCGAUAUUAUCUCUGUUUAAUCAUAAGAUCCCCCAGUUCCAUUAUUUUCUCAGGUGAUUGUCGAUGGUGCAUAUGCCCUUCAUUCAUUACUUCGAUCGUUGCUUGAUAUAAGGGUGGCAGUGGUGAGUUUCUUCAACUGCAAAUAGAUGCACUGCGUGCUGAGUUAAAUUUUUAUGUUUAGCUGGACAUGAUUUUGUGAUUUCAGGUAGGCGGUGUGCACUUCAGUCUCCUUUCUAAAGUACAACAUGACAUUGGGGACUCAUGCUCGCUUGAUUUUCUCAUUGACAGUAUCUUUCCUUUGUUCAGGAAGCACAUUGAGCCUGACCUUCAUCAUGCUCAGGUCAGUGUUCUCGUUUUCCACUUUCUACAUUCUUUACUCAUGACUGGCUUGUAUAAAUGAUAGUUUUGAUCAAUGGAUUUUGUCUAUUUUGCACAGAUCAGAAUCAAUAAUAGCUUUGUCUCAUCGUUCAGGGAGGCUUACUACAAAUUAAAGUGCAAAAGUGAGGUUUGACCUCUUUCUGCUUAACUCUGCAGUUGUUUCUAAUCAUUCUUCUUAAAGCUUUCGCAUACGUUUAUUCUUUCGUUUCACUCUAUGCAUUUCUCUACAUAUGAUUAGCUUCCUUUAUUUCUGUUUUUUAAUACUUGAAACAUGAAUACGGAUAUUUGGCUUGAAACUUUUUGUUCCUUAGUUGGUAAAUAUAUAAUAUACCAUCGUGAAAGGUUUUGGAAACAACUUCCUCAUGUUCUGGCCUGUAUGUUGAUAGUCAUAGUUUGAGUCAUUAUCUUCAUAUCUACAUAGCUACAUCUGGGAUUCUGGGCUUCAGUAUUUCCAUCUAUAUUAAUUAAGAUAAAUUAUUACUCAAUUUUUCAUGUCUUUUCUCACUUCCUUCUAGAGCUCAACUCUGAAGGCCUGAACUGUAGUUUGCUCGUUUUACUGUCUUGUUCAUUCUAGUUUGUUGUUCAUCAUGAUAUAUUUCCUAUAUAUGUUGAUGCAAACAUUUCCGCCGUCCACCGGAUUUUAUACUCUCAUAGAUUUGAAUUUACUUCUUCUUUGUACCUUCUAGAUGCAAUUCUUAUGCAGCCCUGAGAUUUGUCUUAUGGUUUAACUCUUUGUUAUUGAACAGUCUCCAAUUGGGCACGCUAUUUUCUCUUCUUAUGGAAGUGAUGUUCGAACAGAGAAGUGAGUUCCUUUUCUGUUUCAAAGUGCGUAAUAGCUUUUAUUCAUGAAAUAUCAAAUGAAGGGGAUGGAUGUAUGUGUAACUCUAUCAAAAAAUACCUAGUAAUAUAACUAUGCACUACAAUAAUAUGUUGUAGGUCACGUUAGUAACUCAAUUUAUGCACAAUAACAGAUUCUUAUCCUUAUUACAAAAAUCUGGCCCUCACUUUUACCCUGGUCACAUAGCAAAUUAGAAAAACGCCUUUUCAGCCGAAACGUUUUGCCUUUAAUAAUUUUUCUAGUGAGCUAAAGUAAGUGCAAUUUACAAAGAGUAUUUAGAAUGAGAAUUGUGGUCAUGGGUAAAUAACAUAAAAUGCCAAGUUUUAAAAUAGAAAAACACAUGCUGCUUUAUUUCAUGUGUGCCUUAGGUCCUUCUAUUGCCAUUAUUGUCUAGUGAUGUAUUUUCCCUGUUUUUCUUUACCUUCCAGUUUCAUUGAGAUGUACCUUAGGCCUCCUUUUGCCCUUGAAGAAGCAAUGAUAAAUGAUUGGAUUAAGGUGCGACAGUGUGGCAUCAGAUACUAUUUAUCGCUGGGUGAUCAAAGGAUAGUUGACAAGAAUUUUAUCAUUAGACCCAAAGCUGAAUUUGAGGUCAGUGUUCACAGCAAUUUAAUGAGGCUUUGGCUUCUUACAGUCUGAUCCUUCAAUAUACACGUCCUAUCCCAGAGAUUUUGUCUUGACUUUAAAUGAUUGAUGAACAUUAUUUGGUUCAUUCAUGCAUGAUUUUCUGUCUUAUGUCCUUUUUAUUUUUUGUUACAUGGUGUAAGUAUAGAAGCAUGAUGAGUGAGAAAAUAGAUUUAGAGUGUUACAUAUCAUACUGAUUCUCUAAACCUUUACCAGUUGCAUGUGUAUCAUACACGUGAGGUUUAGAUGCAAAACAUUAUGUUGUAUAGUGGCUUAGCCCUCGAUCAUGUUCAAUCCUUGAGACUAUCUUCGGCUUAGGUAUAAUAUGAUUUAUGCAGUGUUUUGGCGCCAUGCAAUUGGCUGGAGUUAACAUGUGCUUACUCCCACAUGAUGCUUGGCUGGUUCAACUGAGGCAAAAAAAAUUCGAGUGGCGAUAACGAAAAAAUGCAAAUACCCUCGUUCUAGUGAAGGGCUCAAUACGUUUACAUUAUUUCACCUGAUACAGUCAGGCUAUGUUCUUAAAGAGUCUAGAAUGUGAUCCUUCAGUCCUUUAAAGAGGAUUCUUCAAAAUUUUCUGUUGUUGUUUUUCCAAUCAUUAAGUUGUGUAGGGUAGACGGUUGAAGAAAAGUGCGCAUUGAACUCUUUCAGACAGGUGUAUAUAUCCAUAUAUAUCUCAUUUAUAUGAAUGGAGAGUUGCUUCUUAUUGGAAAAGUAAUGAUGUCUUUCAUACGCUAGGUGUACAAUGCCAAUACUCAAGUCAAAUAGAAAACAAGAUUUGGUUAGCAUUAGCAUUGAGCAAGGAAAGUGGAUUUCAAGAUUUGUUGGUUGAAACUUUAUGACCUUUUUACUCUAUUUUGAUGGAUAGGAAUAUCAAGAGGGAAAAUUCAUUGAUUUAUUAGUCAGAAAGUGGAUGAACAUGUUUUUAGGGGGAUGUAUCCAUGGUCUUCACCGUCCUGGUGUGGGACAUGGCUGAUGUACUGGACGUUUUUAAGAGCUUGUAAAUUACAGUUUUUCAUAUUCUCUUGUUCUAUUUAAGGAUUAUGUGGUGUUAUUGACUUCUAUAAUCGGUAUCAUAAUUAGGGACGGCUGACAUAUAAUACAUUUUAAGAGCCUUGAUAGCACGUGUAUAAUUUCCUUUCAUUAGUUAAUGAUUAAAUGCUUGAUGGUACUACCCACUUUAAAAUGAUAAAAAGAUUUUGAUAACCAAUAUUCUUUCUUUUACUAGUCACUAGUUUCCUUGUGGUCAUCUUUCUUCUCCUUCUCUCUAGUUUUGGCAAAGGGAAAGGAUUUGUAAUCUGUCAAAGCCAAAGUAUCUACCCUAUAUCAAAUAUUGUUUUUCUGUAAAUGAAUGUGAAGUACUUGGUCUCCCAGGUCAUCUUUCUGCUUUUCAUACCUAUUCAGAUGUUGCCCAACCUCCAGGUCUGUCUGUUGUAUACUUCAAUGCUUCAUUACGUGAAUGACCAUGAGGUUGUCUUUUCCAUUGACUCUGUUUUUUGUUAUAAAGGGUAAGCACCUCUUAUAUUAACAAGUUUUAUAUCUGGGCCAACUUUGAAUCUUCCGAAUGUUAUGUCUUGAAGUCAGUCUAUUUGGAAAAUGCACAGGUUCCUAUUUACUGAAUUUGAGGUGUUUUCGGACGACUAAUGAUUUAAGUCAAUCCUAAGAUCUCUCGGUUUCUCAUUUCAGUGCAACAAAGAUGUGCUACAAGUUAACGUCUAUGUUCAUUCACUGCCUUUUGGUCGUAAAAUGUAUCUUGCCUUAGUGUUUUAUUUAUCACCUUAACUUGUAUGAAUCCUAAUAUUUUUUCUCAUCUUACAGUUGGGUCUCUUUAGAGCCCAAGAAGAUCUUCCAAAUAGGCGUUCUCAAAGUUAUUGUCGUCUCCAGUUUUCUAUUUUUGCCACAAAUUUCGUUUGUUUGACUUGCAGUUUGUGUUUCUUUUGUUAGAGUAUUUUAUAAAGCAGGGCUGUGAUAUUUCCCUGAACUUUAUGCUGUUUUUAUUUCACAUGAAUUCUCAAGAAUUUCUAUUUUUAUUAUUGGUAUUUUUUUCUUUUAACCAUUCACAUACCAUUAAUGAUGAGUUAGUCAGAUACUUGGAAUAGUGAGUGUGUAAUGUCCUAAAUUUUCUUCUUCACCCAAAGUUCAUCAUUAUAAGGAUUUGUAUGUUGCUUUUGCAGUUGAUAUAACUUAGAUCAUAGUAAUUUUCCUUGUUGAUACCUCUGUGUGAGUGCAGAAUUAUUUAUUGAAUAAUUUUUAUGAAUUAUUUAAUGAAUAUUCAUUUCUAUCCGAAGAAAGUAAAGAGCCAAAAGUUUUUCAACGUGUUAAAACCCUCAUUUUGUUUUGUCUAUAAAUCUCUGGUAACAGGUCGGACGGACAACUCUGGGUGGAUUGCUUGCCUUGGGCUACACUGUUGUUGUUAGUUUCAAGAGAGCAGCUACAACAGUUAAUAACGGCAAACUUUUAAUGGCGCUAGAAAAUGUAGAUCUUCUUAGUGACACAUUCCUAGUGCUGAAGGGUACGAGCAGAAAGGUAAAACUAAUUUUCAUCUAAUUUUAUAUGGGUUAUAACCGAAAUUUGAAGUAUACUGUGUUCCAUCUCGUAGUUUUUCAACACAGUUUUUUUCUUGAAAGUCAUCUGAAUAUUUCUUUGUUUUGGUACUCAGCUGUACCUUUGGUUGAUUCCGUGAUAAAUCUUUUCCUUCUUUCGUUUAUCAUGAGUUGUCAGAUUAUUUUUCUUGUCAAAGAAUGUACAUCUUUCAUUUCUUUUGGUCUGCUGUUUUCCUCACCAAUGGCAUCAGUUUGCCUUAUCUCAUUACUAGUAGAAUGGAACUGAAAAAGAGACGUUCCGGCUGGGCCUAUCUAUACAGUCCAUCAUCAUGAAACAAGGACUUCCAAAUCAAAUCUAAGUAGCCUAAAAUAGCAUCAUACCCUGGUACCCAAAAGGAAAUGGGGAAUCGGCUUUCUACCUUUAGGGGAGCUCAUUUUUUAUGUGAAAUAACUUUUUAAAGGGAAGGUAGGCGAAAAGACCGCAGCAGUGGAAUUUUAAUUCUUUAGUGAAGAAGGUAUUUUAUAUCAGUAGGCCAGACAAUACCGUAAGGAAAACAAGGGUCUUUCAUAAACACUCUCUAUCAUGCCACUCUUUUUUCCAUACUAAUAGGCUGGCAGUAGUUAAUUUGCUGAAUGCUUAUCUCUCUUCUUCAUUUCCCGAAGUUGGUUGAUUCUUUCCGAGGUUGUUAUAUCAAAUUAGAAUCCAGAUUUAAGGAAGGCUAUUUGAAACUGCAAUGUGAUCUUCGUUACGAAGUAGAGAACUACUUGGAAAUAACUUGUCUGUUGAGGAACCUUGUGAGAACGCUGAAAAUUUCCAAAGCAGAAUAUUAGAAGUGCAAAAAUGGAAGAUAUGUUUCGUGAGGUAAACUUGAAAUUGCAUAGCAAUGGCUUAAAAAUCCCUGUUUCUCAUUUCGAGCAAUUUUCUUCAAUCUGGAUUACAUUCAACACCUGUGGAACAUUAGUUCGCUAAUUUCAAAAGGGCAUAAUCCCAUAAGAAACAGGAAGGAACAUGGCUUUUAACAAAAAUGAUUUUAGAAGCUCUAGAAAUCCAAGAUGGAAGCUCUAAAAGCUGAUGACCAAAUAGCCACUUUUCAUCAUAUGAUCUUGCAUUUAGUAGUCUAAAACGAAUUUAUAACUUUUUGCCUGCUCAAGCGUUGUUGGCAAGGAAGCAGAAAGCUAUGGAAUAAUGGCUUUAAGAAGUUUACAAGGAUGCUUUACCUCCAAGCUAUGUAAUGACUAGCUUGAUUGUAAAAUCAGAAUUCAGAGAUGUUUUUCUUUACUAUCUGUACACAUCUCCAUAAAGAUCAUAAUUCGUCUUUUGCCCUUGGAAGAUAAGGUAAUUAGAUUGAAGUUUAAUAUGGAUGAAAAUAAAUCUAUGAGCCCAGUUAACUUUCCUCCAUAAUUCUUUCAAAACUUUCGGUACGGUGUGAUGCUAGUCAUUAGAAAGUUGUAAGGGAGGCCAUUGUCUGUUUUAGAUUUUAACUCCAUGAACCUCGUUAUCAUUCCUAACAAGGAGCUGUUGAUGUUAUGUGCGAAAUCAUCUAAGUAUGAGGACUUUAAUAAUCUUGGGGAGUGUUCCAUUGUAGGUGCUGGAGUAGGUUUUAUAAACAUUACGAACUUUUGUUUCGUUUUCUUUUUUUGGGGUAAGGCCCGUCCAAGUCUUUCAUUUCAAACGUGGGUCGGUCUUACUUGACAGGACAGCCAAGUCAUGCUUUGAAUGCGUCUUUAAUGUUCUCCUUCCUUUUUUUUGUUCGUUCUUGAUAAUUCGCAGCCCAUUGAUUCAUUCCCUUGCCUUCAAUUUGAAUUUGUUAAUCCAUCAAAUUCAGGUCGUUGGAGAGGAAGCCGCUAGUCUGGGUGUCUUUGGCCCAUGGAUUACCAAGUCGUACCUAGAAAUGAUUCUCGAAAGCAAAGGUUUGUUGUUUAUGCGGUUUUUUAUUUUUCUUCAAAUGGAUUGCUUAAAUGUUAUCCCCCUGCCAUUUGAAUCACUUAGGAGUUCCACGAGUAAACACACCACCACCUUUGUCAAAUGCAAUACCAACUGACAGCCAAGAAAAAGUCAUACCUCGACCAAGACCUAUUUCUUUGGCUACGAAUCUUGCCCAAAAGAUGGAGGAUCAGGGACAACCAUGGACGCGCUCUCCAACGAAGGCUGAUAUGGAGCCUAAUGCGCCUAAGUGGCAAUUCAUCCUUUCAGGUCAUUCUCAUAUAGGCAAUUCUUUAGUGCUUUCUCCUCCUGGUCAAUUAAUUUGCGUAUUUGAAUCUGAGGCUUCUUUGGUUCAUACUAAUUGUCUAUCACAUUAUGAUCUUUAUCAUUCCUGAUUUUUCAUCUAAUCCGUUUAAGUACCUCUAAAAAUUUGUUAGUUCUUAGUAAACAAGUUUUCUGGAAAUGUUUGCAGAUUCUUCUUCUCAAAGAACCAUGCAAUUGGCUCCUAUGCGUGAUUCGUAUGGUCUGGAUAGGGGUUUGCUUCUCUCUGUCCAAGGAGUUCAGGUUAAUACCAUGCAAAUUAAGCAGGGAUAAUUUCCCUUUCGAAUUAAAUUGUUCAGUGAACUGAUAUUGCAUGUUUACACCACUACAUCUGGAUUUCAGGCAUUGCUUGAGAGCCAAGGGUUCCCUGUUAUUGUUGGAAUAGGUAAUCUAUUUUCACGUUUUAUAUUUUGGAAUCUCUAAAUUAUUUUUUGCUUGAUGUAUAGAAUGCCGAAGUAAAGGGCAUAUUACUUCGUUUCUAACUAGUAAAUUGCCAAGAUAAAAGGUUUUUGAUUGAAAUGUAAAUUGAUUCGCUUGAGAUAUCGGAUUCAAAUUUCAAUCUAUUCAAUUAGGCAAGGCAUUUUCUCAACUCCGAGUAGUAAGGUUUUCUUAGGCGCGUGCACCAUAUUUAGGUCUUCAGGUGAUAAGCCCUGUGAAACAAGGGUUCUCUUCUCAUAUCAAUGACAAACAAAGGUCUUGAUGUUGUAGAUGUAGAUUAUGAAAUAUCAGUUGUCAGUGGGUAGAGGACAAUGGCUGGAUGCUCUUUUUGAGAGUCCUAUUUUUAUUAAUUGAUGAAUGUUUUGACAGUUGAGAUGCAUUGCUUUUAGUGAGAAAACUUUCUUUUGAUAAUGGAUUCCAAGUAUUCCAUUGUAUUGGAAAUAAAAAAUGGUUGUGAUAGUAAUCUACACCAAGGUGCUGCGGACUAAUCAAAAGACCGAAGGAAUUCCGCUUCAACACAUUGAAUUCUCAGUAUCCAUUGCUACGCUAACUGUAACAAAUAAAAUUAUAUUCAUUUACCAGCUUUCAUGUUUGAGUGAGCAAUUUUUAAUCUCCAUGGCCCCAUGGGUCACAUGGAGAAUGCUUCUCCCACUUUUUAUUAUUAUUAUUAUUUCACUAUUGACGAAGAACACCAGCAAAAGGUGGGAAAGAGAUGGAACACUGGGAAAACUCCUACGGCACAAGAGAAUUGUUGGAUAGUAGGAGAAAGCCGGAAACACCAAGAGAACCUGUUGGAUAGGAAGGAGGAUCUCUCAACUCACAUAAUAGUGUCAGACCAGAUAUUUAAACCAUAUUUUCAUAUAUCUAAUAGAUAUGUUUCAUGGCGAUUCAAGAUUGUUCAAAGGGCUAUUUCCUGUACAAUGUGUCUCCAUUUCAAUUUUCUUGUUAUUCUUCUAAAUAUGUUUUUUCAGCAGCUCUCUUUCAUUUUGUCGACUCUGGAGCAACUAUUUUUGCAGUUGGUGCAAAAAUUUUUUGCUCUCCACAUUAAUAUUUUCUAUAUUUUAUUGGACACAAAUUUUCUGGAUAAGGACGCAAUUUAAAUUUUUUUACACAAUUCUUCAGGAGGUCCGAGCGGAUCUGGGAAAACUAGUCUUGCACACAAAAUGGCAAAUAUUGUUGGUUGUGAAGUUAUUUCAUUGGAAAACUAUUACAAAUCUGAGCAAGUAAAGGGCUUCAAAUAUGAUGACUUCAGCUCUCUCGACUUACCUUUGCUAUUUAAGGUACAUAUACCUGUGAGUUUCUUUUCUAUCUGAUUCUAAAAAAAGCUUCUAUUAUUUUAAAAUCUUUAAUCUUUGAAAUGUGUUCUGUCAAAAUAUAAAUUCAGGUUUCUAUCCCUUGCGUCUGGCUGUGGUUCUUGUAUCUCUUCCAAGUGCACACGCCACAUUCCCUUAUAAGCCUAGAAUAAACGUAAUAAAGUGUUUUGGGCAUAGUUUUCAGUAUAAAAUUAUGAUAUGUGAACGACUGGAUGCGAUUGUAUCUUCUUAUCUUUAAUUUUAUGAUAGCCCUACGUUGCUUGCUAUAUAAUUCUUACAUAAUAAUUGUGACACAACAUCUUGUUACAUAUAGUUAAUUCAAUACCUUAAAUUUUUCUUGUAUUGCUCGUUAAUAGACUCAAUUUUCAAGUGGGUUUUCAUUAGUAAAUGAGAAAUCGUGAUUUGCUAACUGACAUACUAUAAUUAAUAAACAUGGGUCAAGAGUUGUCAGUAAAAAGAACCGAGAUAAUUAUAGAGGCUUCAUGCGAUUAUUAAUUGGGAUAACUGGGAAAUUGGAAUGCUCUAUCGGGUUCCUUUUACCUAAUAAAGCAUGCCUUGUUCACUAAUUAGUCCUGACCAUGACAACUCUAGAGCUCUCUCAUGACUGCUCCAGCCCCACUAUGGUAAAUUAUGGUGGUGAUAUCCUUUUUACCUUGAAACUCUUGGUGGAUUCUUGAAUGAAUCACCCUAGUUGGGAAAAAGGGAGGGUAAUUAAGAUGAUGCUCCAGUCGACUCUCCCUCCUGAGGGACUUGUCUCCUGAGAGCUAUUCCUCCUCUUCUGAGGGACUUAUAUUUUUAUAAGCAUGGUACAAGCUUCAGUCCUGAAUGGGAUAUGAGAAGUAGAGGCAUUUCAAGUGCUGCUGCACUAGUUGUUCUCGCUGCUGUCUCAUUUCUCUCUUCAUCAAGCUUAGAGGUACCUAUGAACCCGAAACCCCUGUUCCUGCAUCCCUUUUGUGAUCUAAGAAAUCUAUAGAUAUCCCAGUGGGGAUCCACUUCCUUCUUCCCUUGUUCACAGCACCCCUUGUUGUGUAUCUUCCUCUCACUUUACAAAAUCAUUACGUGAGUUAGCUCCUUGGUUUCUGAUACUCUGAAAUUGGUGUCAUUGUUUCUCGAAUUAUUUCUAAUAACUCUCUUGUUCCAGUUGUCAUUCAAAUUCUUAUAGUAUACUUAACUGAAUAAACGAUUCUAGUUUUCUCAUAUUGUAUCCCCUCUGUGAGUUUCUUGUGGGAUGCCCUUUCAUCUUUGUUGCCAGCUUCUAUUAUGUACUGCCAUGGUAUAUAUAUACAUACGUAGUGUCUUAACUUCAAAUGCCUUCUUGCGUUUUAUGUUCUUGCAGAAUAUUGAUGAUAUAAGGCACUGCCGGAAAACAAAGAUUCCCUGUUUCGAUUUUGAGAAAUGCAGCCGGGUUGGAUUCAAGGAACUUGAGGUUUCUGAAGAUUGUGGAGUGGUAUGAAUUAUAGUGAAACUACUAUGUAGUUUUUUUCUCGUGAAAGUUCUAUCUAACCUGUACUAAUGUUUCCAGCAGCAUGAAUACAACUUUUAACUUCUACUAAAUAAUCGCAUACCUUGGUGGCAGCCAUUAAGUUAUUGUUUUCCUCUGUCUGUCUUGUUUAUAUAUUUUUUGGAUUUAUUUAGUGAUUAUUAUCUAUGAUUUUCAAAGAUGUAAUGAAGUUAUUCUAACCUGUUUUUGUUAUGAUUGUUCUCGUUUCUUGAUGUCCACAUGAUUUCGAUAGGUUUAUUUAUUAAUUAUUCCUUUAAGAGAAUGCCUUGUAUAAAGAAGAUUAUAUUGGAUAUCCAUCUUAAUCUCUUUUCUUAUAUAUUCGGGGGGAGAGUUUUUUUUCGGAUUACUUACUAAUUUUUUUUUAUGUUCCCAGGAAUUCUUUUAUUUUGCAUGUUUGUACUGCUGGAUCAUCAUGCAUAGACAUUGUAUAGAGUACCUUUUUACUGCUCUGUAAAGUUCAUUAGAGUAUUAUGUGGGAAUUUGACUCAUCAAUAUUUUUUGAAAUUCUAGCCCAUGUUCAUCUGGUUUCGAAUAUCACCAAUUUGCAUUCAGGGCAAGCUAUGGGAUUCGGUUUCAAUUUUGGUGGUCCAAGGACCUUGCAGGAAAGCCAUAAAGUGGGCAUAUGGAGGACUUUGGUUAUUUCACAAGACAAAAUCUGAAUUCGAAUUCGAUGCUGCUUUUUGCCUCCUAUAUGUACCAAUGUGAGCUUAUUUCCUCAAAAACAAGUUUCCAUCCUUUCCAGGUCAUCUUUGAAGGAGUGUACGCAUUGCAUCCAGAUAUACGGGAAUCAAUUGACCUGUGGAUUGCUGUUGUAAGGCUCAAAAACCUUCCUUUUUCUUAGUAAACAGUCUUUUUACUCUGCUUUUAUCUUCAAAAGUUACGUCCAACAUUGAAGUGUUAUUUGGGAAUUAUGUAGGUGGGUGGUGUCCAUUCACAUCUUAUUUCAAGAGUACAGAAUGACAAGAGAAAUUCAGGGUGCUUAAUUUCUCAGAACGAGAUCAUGACAACAGUAUUUCCAAUAUUCCAGCAGCAUAUUGAACCACAUCUUGUUCAUGCACAUGUUGGUACAUGAUUUUUUUCCGCCAUUUAUGUCGAAGUUUAUUACUGCAUAGAAAACAUUUCCAAGUGUGUAACUGACAUCACGCCGCUUCUCUGAUUAGUGCAACAUCAGUUUGGUUCUCUGAUCUCCAUAAUUGAACCUUUUCUCUACCUGUUACAGUUGAAAAUACGAAAUGACUUUGAUCCUGUUCUCUCUCCAGAAAGUUCUUUAUUUGUUCUCAAAAGUAACAAGCAGGUAAACUGGUGAGAUAGAUUCUUGAUCUUGAUGUUUUGUAUGGAUAGUUUUAUCAUUUUGUUGUUUCUUUUGAGGAAUUAGGUGGUGCUCCAAGAUAUCCUUAAGGUGCUUGACUCUGGGAAAGUUUGCAGCUCAGUUCAAAACUUUACUGACAUAUAUUUGAAGCUGCCGGGAACACGUUCAAAUGGGAAACUGACAGAAAGUGAUUGCAUAAGAGUUCGAAUAUGUGAGGGAAGGUUUGCACUUUUGAUUCGUGAGGUGAUCCCCUAUUUUCGUCUUAGAUGUCCUAGUUGUGAUGUCUCUUGUACGUUGAGUGAUAUGCUUGUUAAUGGAGCUUUUUUUUUUUUUAAUUCUCUUAUUGCAUCAGCCCAUUAGGGAAGGUAACUUUAUUGUCCAGCCAAAAGUUGAUUUUGAUAUAAGUAUCAGCACCGUUUCAGGGCUUCUCAAUAUUGGGUAAGCAUACGUAAUUUGGAUUUCCAGAUUUCUAUACAUGCAUAUUCUGUCAUGACAACAGGUUGCUAGUUUUUAUCCCAUGGAAUUCCAUAUGUAUUGUACUCGUACUUAAUAUUUUGGUCUUGGAAUGGUGAUAUCUAUUCGAAUUGGUAGAUUCUUCCUUCUAUGGGUGAUUGUUUCUGCAUCCUGAAACCGACACUGGCGGUGCUUUCCUCUGCAAUGAUUUUCCUGGAAGAUUUUAGUUCUCUGUACUCUCCGUCUUUUAUGUGGCAUUUUAUAAAUGGUGACAGUGAUUUGAAGCACUUGUCAUUUUAGGGUGAAGGGGUGUUAUCUUGUAAACAUUUUACGACUGUAUUAUCAUAUAUCUCCUUGUGAUUACAGGAGAUCAUAAACCCAUGAUAAAAUAUUUAAUGGGAAAAUGAAGGAAUAGCAGACUAAAGCACUUUAACCUGGAUGGAUGUGCUUAUCAGAGUCUAUUUCGUGAAAUCACUCUUUGAAAACAUUGUAUGGUCAAUUGGAAUCGUUAUGAACCGCCGUCACGUCACUACUUUUAUGCUAACCCUCUCUUCUAUUCUAUUUUAUGUGAACGAGUGACCAUAUCUUUGAUUUAUCAUAUUUUGAACAAGGUUAGUUUACGUGAACACUUCUUACACCUAAGCUACUCUUCAGUAGUUGUAAGCUGAUUUUUGAAAUCCAAACUAAUUUUGAUUGUAACUAAUCACGGCCUAUUUUAGGUCAUAAUUAGGUGUUCUCAGCUGAAAAGGAGUAUAUUGCACAGAGAGGGUAUUUUCAAACCGUGCUUAUUGCCAUACAUGCGUAUUCUUUCUUCUGAGUCCUAACAUCACUAGGUGACUAGUGGGGGCAUCAGAUGUCCUCUACAUGAAAGCCUUUUUCUAUGACUGCUACUGGCGUCAAUUUCUUUUCUAAAAAAAUGGUGUCAGUGAUACUUUCGUCAUUUGAUAGCGCCGCUGUAAACUUCUAGAGUAAUCCAUUAUUCCCCUUUCCUGAUUUUGACAACUUUUUUCUUCCCUACUAUGCACCAAACUAUAUUGUGUUUAUUCCAUGGCUGCAAUGCAAACUUAAAUUAUAUAAAAAGAUAUAAUUAGUGUAUUCCUAAGAUAUCCUCUCUUUCUCUCUCUCCUCAUCUAACACUGAUCUUCGCUCCGUACAUAUAUAUAGCAUAUUCUCAUCCAUAAUGACUACAAGCUUUCCAUCUAAAAUUACUAGUCUUUUCUAUUUCUUUCCCUUUUCAGUGAUGAGUUGUAAUUUGGUCUUAAUUAAUAAACAAUUUCUUCCAUUGGUUGUUGUUUAUGGCAGCAUUAUUCUAACUCUCGCCAUUCAUAUGUUUAUAUACUGUAGUAUAAUCACGUUCAUGUCUUCUAUUGACGUACCAGAUAUCAGGCUGUCGCAUGCAUUGAAGCCUCUGCACUAAUUUAUCAAGACGGAAAGGUUUCUUCUGAACUUUCUUUCUUGAAAGUUGUCUUCGACACUGCUAGAAUUCAUGAUGGGGCUAGAUUUGAAACCCUGACAUAGGGUGAAUUUUUCGGUGAUAGUCACCUUUUAGCAAUAAAAAUGUGCUAUAUAUCUACCACUAGACUAUAUGUCUAAUGGUCUUCUCUGCUGAAUUUGUUUCAUCUCUCAGAUUCUUGUUGAAGUUGAUCAUUUAGAAGCUACGUCCGUACCCUACCUUCAAAUCAAAGGAACCAACAAAGAUAUAGUCGCAGCUGCUGCAUCAACAUUAAGCUUAGAUGGUUCCUACACAACAAAGGUUCGUCUCUGACACGCUAUAUUUUUUAGUUUCCUGCUUUCUUCUUAGACAUGAACACGUUAGUGAAUGCAGAACGUCAAGAACUUUAAAGAGUCUCCUCACUUCUAAACCUGUCUUAGAGGUGUUUUCCUUUAAUUAUUUGGUGUGAUUGUUAAGAAUUACGCAUCAUUCAUUAAAUUUUACAGACUUACCUUGAGAUCAUUCUCGAAAGUUUGCCACCUCUGGAAAGAAGUUAUUCUGGCAUUCAGAAUCGUCAAGCUGCGCGACUCCAGGAGCUAGUGGAGUUCAUCCUAGCCCAGGUCUGUUGUGCUAUUUAUCAGUUUUCUAUAGACUGUCAUCUCCAACAUAUUGGUCAGAAUUUGUUUAUUGCUUUAAUGUCAUCCUCAUUUUCAGGAAAUAAGUAGAAAAAAUAUAAACCCCGUGCUUUGUCUUUUUUCUCUAAUAUAUGAACCACUACUAAAACAAGCUUAUCCAUGAAUAUUGUUCUAUUUUGGUUCAUCUUCAUUCUAUUCAUUUAGCAUGCGAAAUAUAGAUAGUGGUCAGUAGAUUGGCUAAUUUUCUUACUUAAACUGGACAUUUGUUUGCCUAUAACUAAUCCAUGGCAUGUGGAAAUCCUCAGCAUUUCUGUUUUUUUUUUUUUCUCUUUCCGAAGAUCAAGGAGAACGAUUCCACACAAAAAGUUUUUUUACCAACGGUUCUGUAACAUGGAUAAUGGACUAGAAUCAUGAAGCCCCAUUUAAAUCUGCAUCAUCAACCAAAACAGAUGGAGAUGCAACAUUGAAUCGGACUGAUCCACCUCAUAAAAGCUCGUCCCAUGUCUCCAUCUUCUAGGCCUUGUUCGUCACAAUAUCAAGUCUUAUAUCAGUCUUAUAUUUUCCAGAGUUUUUCAGAAUCAGUGAAAGAAAAAAAGGGAAAAUCAAAGUCAAAACAGUUGACUUCAUCUCAUCGGCGGCAGAUGAUCUUGAGCGCUCCCUAUCUUCCUCUUCUUAUAGCAUGGGACAAUUAGGUCAUCUAGUAAUCAUCCUACUAUUAGAACAUAUUGGCAUAGAACUCAUUCAUUUUGCUUCUCAAUGCCCCCUCUUCUUGAGUUUAUUGAUAAAAUCAGGAAAGAAUCUCAUAAUAUAUGCCAACGUUAUAAAAAUGGUUCAUAGGAAGUCAACUAGGAUCAGAUCAAACCAGAUCUGCUGUGGACCAGAAUCUGGUUCCUAUUCCCCUCUGGUCAAUUCCCGGAUUCCAUUCCUUCUUCUCCGGGCAAAAACCAGCUAAUAAAAUAUAUGUAGGUUUUGGCGUUCAUCUUCCUGGGUCACCAUGAUUUUGAGGAAGCCAACGAGGAAAAUGUGAUUUGAACAUUAAAUGAUUAUCUUUAAUGAUGCCAUCUUCUUUCGCUUAUUUUUUUCCUGUUUAUGCUAAUUAUAGUAAAAAAAUAAAAUCUGAAGACCUAAAGAGGAUAGUUUUCUGGAUUAUAAAUCGGGCAUAAUGACACAUAAUCAGAGAUCUCCAUAUGAUUGCAGGUGGGAAGUUCUGGCUCAGAAUCUCCUCCAAGCAGGGAGGUCUCAUCGGUUGAUGGCUCGAUCGAAGAAAUACAUCUGAGGUUAAAACAUCUUGAGAGAUGGCAGGCCAUCAACAUGGUAAGCCCUCAUCUUUCUAGAUUAAGCAAAAUCUUUUCAUCCUUUUUUGGAAUCGUCAGCCCACCCAAGUCGGAAUCAAUUAUCCAAAAACAACCAUUGAAUAUUCAUAACCAUAUCAGGCUAUCCAACACAGACCGCAUCACCAAUGAUCAUAGGUUGACUUCUAUGGAAAAACCAGCUUUAUUGUGAGAAUAUUGUUGAAUAUUUUUCUAUUUCAGGUUUUGUGGACGAUUCUGAUGUCCACAAUCAUUGGUUAUUCACUCUAUAAAAGGAAGCAACACUAA